AUGCCACGGUAUAAAGAGCGGGGCGAGAUAAACACGGGAGGCAUGGAUGCGGCAGAGUUGGACGUUGACAUCCACGAGCGCAUCAACCGAGCAUUCGAGCUCUACCCGCUGAGCCGCGAUGAGCUCGACACAUGCCGCGCGCUGCUGAAACCGAGCCGUCACACAUCCAUCAUGGUGAUGCCCACACACAGGAUCAACGAGGUCGGCGAGUUCCAGGGAUUCCGCUUCAACGCCGGAUCGCAGAUCAAUGCCGACAUCCUCCCAAUAUCGCGGAAGAUGUUCUUCGGCAUCACCAUGACCGAAUGCCUCAGCAGCCAGAGGGAGGAUACACGCGGAGUCAACAGCAAGGCUAUCGACCUGCUGAACAACCUCGAUGCAUGCAAACAAAAGAUGCAAAACAUCCUGCAGAAUAUUCAGAAGGCAUCGCUGCACGAGAAGGCGAGCUUCCAGUGCAUGCCAGUGAACGCAUACGGCAUGCACGAGGAGGGGGAUGCCUACCUCUCCGACUACCGCCGCUACACCGACUCCAAGUUCUGGAAUCCAGAGCCCCCCGAGUUCAUCGGAAUAUACCAUGGUUUCACGCGUGGAUUUAUCAACGAUAUACGCGAGCACAAGCUCUACAUCGCCUGCUCUGGAGGGCUGAACUACGCUUCGCACGACUUCUACAACAUGAUCCUCGACAUGGGAGACCAGGUGACGACGGCAAAGCUCUGCGAGAGCGAGGAGGUGCACUGGCUUAGGAAGGCAUCGCAACGCGCGAGGUGCAAGAUCAUCAAGAUGGUGGCAGACGAGUUCGGCUUGGAUAUCCCCAUCGAGCUCGACACGCACGAGUUCUCAACCAACGGGUGCUACAUCGCCACCCCCACAACGGAGACCAUCUAUCACGACAUCCAGAAGACAAGCUCGGAUGUCAUCUCUGUGUACAACCAUGCAUGCAACACCGAGCUCAGCGACAACGGCAUCCUCUGCCCGAUGCACCCCUCCGAGGGCAUAUGGCUCGUCCAGUCCAAGAUCAUCAUGGGCUUUCCCAAUCUCCUCGUGACCUACGGUGCCGUGGGGGAGGGCUCCGAGGGUCUCAGCCGCUGCCCGAUCCAGCAGGGCAUCGGUGCCUUUGUCGGUCUGAAGCACCACUGCAAGAUCGACAGCGAGUGUGCAUGGAAAACAGUUUUUUGA